CCCACCCCCUCCUUCACCCCUCCUCCCUUUCGGGCCGUGUCAAGCGGCGGCCACCAACGUGGAGCGCGGAGGCCUUCUCGCGCCGGGUGUCGGGCGGGCUCCCGCGGACCCGGUCAGCCGCAGCCGUUAGGGGCCGCGCUCGCUUGCCCUCGGUGAGGGGCGGCAGGCAGCGGGGAGGCCGCGCCGCCGCUGCACGGGGCUCACCUGUUGGCCCGGGCUGCCGCUACCCUCUCCUUCUACUCUCCCCCCCGCCCCCCCCCCGCCCCAUUUGGGAGCGGCCGCCGCCAUGGCGGAGACGGAGGAGCGGAGCCUCGACGACUUCUUCGCCAAGCGGGACAAGAAGAAGCGGAAGGAGAAGAGCAGCCGAGGGGCCGCCGCCGCCUCCGGCGCCUCCAACGCCGCCUCUAACGCCGCGGGGGCGGCCGCGGCGGCCGGCGGAAACCGUCCGGCUGACGGCAGCGGCUCCGGGGCCGCCGCCUCCACCGCCGGCUCCGCCAAAACGACGACCAAGGAAGAGGAUGAUUGGAAGGAGUUUGAGCAAAAGGAAGAAAUUGAUUAUAGUGGUCUUAGAGUUCAGUCCAUGCAAAUAAGUGAAAAAGAAGAUGAUGAAAGUGAAAAAAGAGAAGAACCCGGUGACAACUGGGAGGAGACUGGUGGUGGUGUAGACAGAUCAUCUGGUCCUUGGAACAAGUCAGCUCCUGCACCAGCACCUGUUGUUGAACCAAUUGUUACAGAAACCCCAGAACCAGUUCAGACUGGUGGUGUGUACAGGCCGCCUGGCGCCAGGGAGGGCGGCAGACCACGGAGAGCACAGCAAGGACCACCAGAAAUCUAUAGUGAUACGCAGUUUCCAUCACUGCAGUCCACCGCCAAGCUUGUAGACAGUCGAAACCUAACAUCUUAUUCGCUUUCUUGACUGCAACUACACAUUGAGCAGAUGUCUUCAUCCAGCUGUCCAUGGUUGAUGCCUAGAUCGUCCCCUUGAAAGAUCACAACUAAUUCAGAAUCCACCAGAGCAUGAUGAGUGGUUUAAAGCCUUUCCAGUAUUCAUUGCCAUGGGUUUAUUUUCUGUUGAUGUUCCCUUACCACUGAAUGGCCAAGUUUACAGAGGGAGUUAGCUUACCCUGGCAAUCACCACCUUCCCCAGUGCCGACAAACCUAAUAACUUUCUAUGGGCAUUGGCUUUUGCCAUCUGAUAGACCCAGCUCUUCAGUUUCAUGUAUAUAAUUCAGUCUUCUGACCCGUGAUUAGUGUGGCAUGCUCUUAAUAACUUUUACUCAAGCUGACCCUUUCUGUUCUGUUUCUUGUCUCCUAUCUUCUGUAUUGAAUUUUCAUUCUAGCUCAGUUAUAGCAUUGAAUUCCUUGAGUUAUAACUGCCUGCUUUAUUUCAAAUUUGCCUACAGAAAACUAUUAGUUAAAGUGUUGUCAUAGGCUUCCUUUAAUUAAAACAAAUGACUUAUUCUGUAUCUCUUUCAGAGUAUGUACAACCAUAACAAAAUGAUUCAAACCAUAAAAACAGGCUGAUACAAGAGAACAAAUGCAUUUAGAAACAGGCAAAACAUAUGUGAAUCUGAUCUCCCCAGAGCUCAGCUUCAUUGGUUUCAGUGGACUUAUUUCUGUCACUUGAGAUCAGUUUCGUUAAAACUUGAUUUGAGAUCUUCUCACUUGAAAUCUAGACACAACAGCCAGAAUUGCGCACAAGUGAACAAGCCCCGUAGCAAACUUGUUUUAAAUUUCUAAGUUAAUCUGCUCUUUGUGGCAGAGAGGAAGCAGGUGUAUUACUUGGUCUCGGACCAGCAACAGACUGGGCUCAGCCACGCUUAGGCUAACAUACCUGUUGUAGUGUUCAACUGGGCAUUGAAAUUAGAGUACAGUAUUUGACACGAAGAUGAGUGCAGCAACACUGGGGGGGGCAGGCUUAGUCUUUGUGGUUUGUUUCAUCUCUUCACAUGCUCGUCUUGUACUUUGAAGGCUGUACAUCUGUAAAUAAGGUGAAGUCUUGAAGGGCUGCCUGCGUUUACCAGUAAUGUUGUGUUGAUAAAUACAAAGGAGGUGACAUGAGGGAAGACUCAAGCCUGUUAGACGUAUAGCCUAGCACCUAAGAGCUGCAUUGUCUCAGUAUCAGAAUACUCUAUCGUAUAGAACAGCUGCUUUUUGGUACUACUAACGAUACAUGGUUGAGAAGAAUGUACCUUGGAUUUUGCGUCCAAAUAAAUUGUAUCAUCUGUUGGGUUUUCUAUUACGGCAGUUACUAGUAUUGUGUCAAAAACAAUUGUGGCUGCUUGGAGUUUUAUAAAGUUGGCAAAUUGGAGCUGAGGUUUUUUGUUAAUUUGGGGAGGGGUGGAAAUAGAGCAGAUUUAGCAAUAUCUGAUAGUUGUUAGAAUGUAGUACUUCGUACCCUCUCCCACAUAUCUAAAAGACUUAUCUCUGCUGCUGCACUCACCAAAGCCCUGUCUUGCCACUGUAAAUUCUUUCUGUGUUACUAACCACCCAGUAACCUUCAGGACUGACUAGUUCUCUGACUGUGCAGUGUCUUUAAUCUGGGCAAACUGGCUUUGUAAACUGGCAUGACAGUGUUUUCUAGAUAAUUGGCUCUGCUAAUUUUUUUUUUUCUGCAACUCAAGGCACAGCAAAAAAAAAAAAUCUUGGUUUGACCUUUCUUCGCCUUAGAGUAUUCCCUCCUCCUUUUGUUCAUCUACAUUAUUACCAUGCCAAGGAUUUCUAGUCAGGUGCCUGAAUUAUUCACCACUUAGAAAGCAGUUUUAUAAGCAGGAACUCCAGCGUCUUGGUCGUGCUGUAUUUCUUCAGCCAGGGCUGUAGCAUCACAAACAUGGCUCCAGCUAUUGCACAAUUACUUAGCAAGUCACUGCGAUCUCAAAGAAUUUAAACCUAAACCCUCAAGGGCUACACAGGAGCUUGACUCCCACAGAAUACAGCAAAAUGAAGGCAGUAGCACUGGUCCCAGUACAACACAGUCCAGCUAUGAAUAGGAGUAGAGUUGCAUGACUGGUAGCUCAAACAGAACUGUCUUAUCUAUCUGGACAGCGGGGUCCAGCCUAAUGCAUUUUUAUUUUUUUAAUGAAGAGAUGACUGAGUAAAGAAUAGUAAGAGGAUAUCUCUGUAAGCAAAAAAAUACAAAACUGAAUUUGCUUUCAACAACGUACCAGAACGUCUCACCACCAGACUUAACGUGAAGAAACGAAGAUAAAGCCCUUUGAGUGCUUAUUGUAGUGCUAAAGAAAGAAUGAUGCUGUCUGGCUGGGAAAAUGGUUGGUUGGGCGCCCACUGAGCACAGCAGAAACUGUUUCAGUGGAGUACAAUAUGAUCUAUUUCUGAGAAUCCCUGUGUGGCCCCCACAGUUAACACAGGAACCUAAUGGUGCCUGUAUAUUUAUAUAAUUAUAUGUUUAUAGUCAUAAUUUAAGUUCAAAACCUGAACUAUAUAUAUAUUUUUUUUUUUGUCAGUAGAUUUUUUUACCCUGGUUUACCUAUCACGGCUUCUGCAUUUGACAACUUCUAACUGUGCAGUGCACACGCCUGUUGUUGUCCUUUUGUCCCAUGUUAGAGUAAUGGUAUCAAACUCUGUAAAGCACUUUUGUGAUGUUUCCUGUGAAGAAAGCUGAAGAAAAUAAAUUUAUCUUAACAAGC